AUGGACGACGAUCUCAUGAUGGCUACAAACGGCGCCGCCGCCGGCGCUUCGUCUGCUCGCACCCGCACCGCGGGCGCCACCACCGGCGGAAUUGGCGGCGGCGGCGGCGGAGGGUCCGCGGUUCGGCAUCACGAUCCAGUCGCGGACGUGUUAAAGCUCGAGCAGCAGCUGUUCCGCGUGCCGCUGGAGGAGAUUAAAGCGUCCGUGCGACACGGCGCGAAGGAGUCGGAGCGGGAGGUCGCAGCGCUGGUCGCUGCUGUGCGUGAAUUGGAUGCGCAGGGAUCGGUGAAUCAGGCGGAGUUGGUAUUAGCACAAGGAGGUCAACAAGGGGAUGUGACUGUAGCGAAGGCUGCGGAAGUCGUUGGGGCGCUUCUAAAUCGCGUACAGGAACUGAAGAGCAAGAUCAACGUCUCCUUUGCCCAGCAGCAGCAGCACAUGACCCACCUGCGCACUCGUCUGCAAGCCACGUCAGCACUCGUUGCAGCAGGAGCAGGAGGAGGAGGAGGAGGAGGAGCGAGGGAUGGGAAAAGUGGCGCCACCACCACUGCUGCCACUACCACUGCCACUGCUGCUGCCGCAGCAGGUGCUGUUGGUGCUGCUGAUGCAACCAACGCGUCUUGGCAAAUGGAAGCAGCAGCAGACGGAGCGGGAGGAGCAGGAAGGAGUGGGGAAGGUGCGGGGAAUGGGGAAGGGGACGGGGAAGGAGAAGGAGAAGGGGGUGUGAGGGAGCGGUUGGUGCAGGAGUGGAAGCAGCAGCGGCUGCAUCGAGUGGUGGUGGAUUAUUUGCUGAGGGAAGGGCACCUGGAGACAGCUGGGAAAAUGGCCUAUGAGCUACAAUUGCAGGAGUGGGUGGACAGCAGCGUGUAUGAGAGCAUGCUCGCCAUCUACGCUGCUCUGCACCAGCACAACUGCGCACCCGCCCUGCACUGGUGCUCCCAGCAUCGCUCUCGCUUAAAGCGUCUCAAGAGCGACCUGGAGUUCCGCUUGCGAGUGCAGGAGUUUAUCGAGCGGGUGCGGCAGCGGCAGCUAAAGGAGGCAGUGGGGUAUGCGCGCGCGCACCUCGCCCCCUUUGCUGCCUCGCACCUGCCACAGCUGCAGCAGGCUCUUGCAACACUUGCUCUCCGCUCCUCCACCCAGUGCCCCAAGUACAAGGCCCUGUUUGCCCAGUCACAGUGGGGUUCGCUACAGCAACUUUUCCACCGCACUGCAUGUGACCUGCACGGCCUGCCCCACCCCCCUCUGCUGCACAUCUACAUGCAAGCUGGGCUCUCAGUGCUCAAAACCCCGCUGAGCUACGAGCCCGGGUGUCCCAAGGCGGACCCCCUCUCCCACGCCUCUUUCCGCCAUCUCGCCCUGCCGCUGCCCCUCUCCAAGCGCAACCACUCCCAGCUCGUCUGCCGCAUCUCCCACCGUGUCAUGGACUACCACAACCCGCCACUGGUGCUGCCCAACGGCUAUGUCAAGCAGGUGGGUGGGAUUUGUAUGGGCGGGUAA